AUGCCGGCCACCACGGCAGAGACGCUGUCCCUCGUGACGCGCACUGUCUCGGUAGCUCCUCUCGUUCUUCUUUCCGCGGCAGAUCACUAUGGGCGAACCGCCAAAGGCACCCGGAAGCGCGUGGUCGGCGUGCUGCUCGGACAGAACGAUGGCACAAACGUGCGGGUGUCGAAUAGCUUUGCGGUCCCCUUCGAGGAAGACGAAAAGGACCCGACGGUGUGGUUCCUGGACCACAACUUUGUCGAGUCGAUGAACGACAUGUUCAAAAAGAUCAACGCCCGAGAGAAGCUGGUCGGAUGGUACCACUCGGGGCCCAAGCUGCGAGCGUCGGACGCGGAGAUCAACGAGCUGUUCAAGCGUUACACCCCGAACCCGCUGCUGGUGAUUAUCGACGUUCAGCCCAAGGAAGUCGGCGUUCCGACGGAUGCAUACUUUGCCGUGGAAGAGAUCAAAGACGACGGUACAACCACGUCCAAGACAUUUGUGCACACUCCAUCAAUAAUCGAGGCGGAGGAAGCAGAAGAAAUUGGCGUUGAACAUUUACUUCGCGAUAUCCGUGACGUGGCCAUCGGCACGUUGAGCAACAGAAUAACCGGGCAACUCCAAUCAUUACAAGGCCUCCACCUGCGCCUGCGCGAUAUCGGCCAGUACCUGCAAAAAGUGCUCGACCACGAACUCCCCAUCAACCACGCUAUCCUGGGCAACCUGCAGGACAUUUUCAAUCUGCUCCCGAACCUGUCGACCCCGAAAUCGGAAGAAGAAGCAGCAGCAACAGGCCCCGACUCGGGCAUCGAGAACAGCGAGCUUGUGCGCGCGAUGAGCGUCAAGACCAAUGACCAGCUCAUGGCCAUUUAUCUAAGCAGCUUGAUCCGCGCCAUCACGGCUUUCCACGAUCUGAUCGAGAACAAGAUCCAGAACCGCCAGCAGCAGGAGGAGCUCGAGGUGAAGAAGGAGGAUGAGGCCCGGAAACAAAACGGGGGUAGUACCAAUGGCGAAAAGGAGGGCAAGGAGGAGACGAACAAGGAGAAGAAGAAGGGUUCAUAA